AUGAAACUUCUAAUAGUUCUAUUCGCUGUCACGGCUCUAUGCGCUGGGAAUGCUAUUCCUCCGGUACCGAAGGACAACAGCCACUAUGUAGAAGGAGUGAGCCGUUACAUCUGGAUGCCUGACGGAGAUGGUAACCUUCACCUAGUCGAUCUGGAGGAACCCGCGGAUGAAAUUUCUCUUGCAACCAGAAAAGGAAACCGAAACCAAUACUGGCUCUUUACUAGACAAAAUCGUAAUAACCGUCAAGUACUUGUGAAUGGUAAUGCGAAUUCAAUUCGCAAUUCUUUCUACAGAGGAAAUAGACCAACAAAAGUAAUUACUCACGGUUGGAAUAGUAAAGGAAGCAGUAGUUGGAUUCCAGAAAUGGUAGGCGCCUUUCUUGAUACUGCAGACGUCAAUGUCAUUGUUUUGGAUUGGAGUGCUGCUGCCAGUGGCUCAUAUACGAUUUCAGUAAGAGCAGUACCAGACAUUGGCAGACAUGUUGCUAGUUUCCUUAGAUUUCUUUUCAAUACUGCUGGCGGCAACUGGAAUAACCUUCACUUAGUUGGUCACAGUUUGGGAGCUCAUGUUAUGGGCAAUGCUGGUCGUGCGGCCCCAUCUCGUCCCGUGCGCGUUACUGGUUUGGACCCAGCUGGACCUCAGUGGGGUGGUAAUUCUAAUGCUUUAAAUCGUAAUUCUGGUACAUACGUUGAAUCUAUUCACACUGACGGGGGUGCUCUCGGUAUUAUGGAUCCAAUUUCUCAUGCUGACUUUUACCCUAAUGGUGGCCGUAAUCGCCAGCCUGGUUGUAGCAACAGUGCUUGCUCUCAUGGUCGGGCGCAACCAUUGUUUUCUUCAACUGUUAAGCACAACCACUUGAAUGGAAGGCGUUGUGCUAAUCUGGACCAAGCUCGAAGGAAUCAAUGUACUGGUGCCACUCUGAAGAUGGGCAACUCUAACUUAAGUAAACGAGGAACUGGACUUUACGGACUUAGUACUGGAGCUAAAUGGCCUUUUUAA